CAGAAUGAGCUCAUCAAAGUUCUUUGAUCCAGAAUGGAUUCGUCUCAGCCAGUGGUUGCAGCAGUCUCUUGACCGCUACGAACGGGAAGAGUAGGAAAGGGCGCAUGGUGCGGCGACGGCUAAAGGCGCGACGGCGGAUGGCAGGGUAGCGGUUGCGGGCGAGGUGAUGGCAGUUGAGGCGGUGCCACUGCGGCGAAGAGGGAGGAAUCGGCAGAUCACUGGGUAACUUCUCCAAUCGUUGCAAUGGCUGAGAUUCAGUCGAGCAGAAGUUUGGGACCAUCAUUGGCAGAGCUCACAACCGACAUUGAGCAGAAAAGAGAAGCUGAAGCGGUGAAGACUCUCCGGGUUAAUUCGACGACGCCGGAGGUCGCGCCAAUAGGUCAAGUCCCGUCAAAGAUGGCAGAGGCAGCUAGCAUCGACGAUGCAGCUGAACUGCUGUCGCCGUCGAAGCAGGCUUAGGAGACCAACGGUGGUACGGUCGAGAAAGGAGGAGAGCCUGAAACUCAUACGGCUGCCAUCCCAAACAUCAUCACCGCCGAGCAGCAAAUCACCAAUAACAAGGCCUUUUCUUC